AUGGAAAACCAACUCAAAGCGGUUUAUCACACUUAUCCAAUUAUUAUGGAAGAGGAAAAACCGGAAAAUGUAAAGAAAUAUAUUCAAGAGUUAGAAAAUAGACCAACCGCCGAGCAAUUACAGCAAGCUAUUCAGCAAGAAACUGAUAAAUAUAAAGACUAUAAAAAACUAGAUACUACAGAACAAGAGGCGAUUAAUAAUUAUUCAACUGAAAUUAAAGCCGAGUUAGAUAAGCCCCGAGGAAUUGUUUUAUCAAGCGAAGAACAAAAGAAAUUAAGUACUUAUGAAAGUUUAAAAAGCGAAUUAGAGCAGGUAAAAAAAGAUUUAGACAAGUCUAAUUCUUCUAAAUCGGAAAAGGAAGGAGUCAAAGAAUUAGGAAAUAAUAAUAGUGAACUAAUUACGAGAAUAAAAAACUUAGAACAAUUAAUUACUUCUUUAAAGCAGGAAAUAACAGAAUCAAAGAGUAGCAAAAGGCAAAUUCCAUUAGAAACUCCCUCUGAUUAUAAUUGUCUUAGAGAAGAAAACGAACAAUUGUAUGAAAUAUUAAAAACUUACAAAUUAAGUUUAUCAGAAAAAUAA